AUAAGUUGAGAAACCACACCCUCUCAAGCAUAAACACAAACACUUAGAGAGCAACUUAGAGUAUUUAAGCAAUGGCCAAUUCUUUUUGUUCUAGAUUAACUAUCUGUUUUGCUCUCUUUGUCCUCAUAUUGGGGAGUGCUAAUGCUCAACUUUCUACAAACUUCUAUUCUAGUUCUUGUCCAAAACUCUUUUCCACUGUGAAAUCCUCCGUGCAAUCCGCCAUAUCAAAGGAGGCUCGCAUGGGUGCUUCUCUCCUCCGCUUGUUCUUCCAUGAUUGCUUCGUCAAUGGGUGUGAUGGUUCAAUUCUACUUGAUGACACAUCAAGCUUCACCGGGGAGAAGAAUGCAAACCCCAACAGAAACUCUGCUCGCGGAUUCGAUGUUAUUGACAACAUCAAGUCAGCAGUAGAGGCAGCAUGCCCAGGAGUUGUAUCCUGCGCUGAUAUCCUCGCCAUCUCUGCUAGAGACUCUGUUGUGAGCCUCGGUGGCCCCACAUGGAAUGUGAAAGUUGGAAGAAGAGACGCUAAAACUGCUAGCCAGUCCGCCGCCAACACAGGCAUCCCUGCACCCACUUCUAGCUUGAGCCAACUCACCUCAAGGUUCAGUGCUCUUGGACUUUCCAGCAAAGACUUGGUUGCAUUGUCAGGUGCCCACACAAUUGGACAAGCAAGGUGCACGUCCUUCAGGGCACGCAUCUACAACGAAACCAGCACAAUAGAGAACUCAUUCGCUACAUCUAGGAAAUCAAAUUGUCCCAGCACUUCUGGUUCAGGGGACAACAAUUUGGCACCACUUGACCUUCAGACACCAACCUCCUUCGACAACAACUACUUUAAGAACCUGGUUCAAAACAAGGGCCUCCUACACUCUGAUCAGCAACUUUUCAACGGUGGCUCCGCCGACUCCACCGUGCGUGGCUACAGCACCAACCCGAGCUCAUUUUCCUCUGAUUUCGCCAGCGCCAUGGUCAAGAUGGGAGAUAUCAGUCCUCUCACUGGAUCCAACGGUGAAAUCAGGAAGAAUUGCAGAAAAACCAACUAAUUAUUAGAGGGACAUAAUUUUGUGUCUAUGAUGUGUGUACAAUAAGUUGUUAAACAUGUCUUGGUUUUCUUUUUCGGGUUUUGUUCUGUGUGCUCCCGGGUGAGCUUAGUGUGUUAAUCAUGAAGGAAGAUUAGUUUCAUCAACAAGUCAAGUUAGCUUGUGUUUUAUUUUA